AUGGACUACAUUCCCUGGAGGUUGGCGCCUAAGCCUCCGUCCCCCCCGCUGCGUCCGAGCAGGGGUGAAGACGAGUUCUUGGCACCCAACGGGCCGGCUCAGGUCAAUAUGUCACCGGACGAGGGCAGUCCUGACAGCAGCUCAGGAUCCUGCUGUGGGUUUUACUCCAUUGUGGAAGACCCGACGAGUCCGGAAGCAGAGCUGAAUGAGGUGUGGAUGCUUUCGCCUGAGCGGCAGGUUCAUCUCACGACGUUGAAGGAAGGCAAGGCCUUUAAAGUGCAGACUUACACCGGCAGCAACAAAACAGAGAGUCUGUUUACAGACUCGGAGGAGUCACCGUACCGAAUCCAGCCAGAGAACCGCUGUCAAGUGUUUGGCGAAAAAGAAGAGAGACAACUGAGGAAGGAAAUUAUCCAAAAACAGGCCCCAAAGAAGAAUCCAACUUUCAAGCUCAGUGAGCAGCUGAAUGUGCUCAACGAGCGGGAUUGGAGUCUAUCAACAAAUAUGCAGGCAAAAGGUUUGACUUUGAGCCACAGCCCUGUAAGAUUAGAAGCCCCUCGCUCCGCAAAUAUCGACAGGGCGCAGAUCGACUUCAGUGCCGCUCGGCACCAGUUCCUUAAGCUGGAGCAGGGCGAACGCACCGUCCUUAGCCACUCCCAGUCUGGCAAAACUCAAACCUCAACUGGGAAUGAGCAGAGGUCAGGUCCUAUUGGCACAGUGGACGACCUCAAUUUUUGGGCUUCUGAGGACGUGGGGGCAGAGGGGUGCCGUGGCUUCGUCAGCGGUAAAGACGUGUUUGAUGACAGCAUUCCUCCGCAAGCAGUGAGGAAAGGCAAGUCUGAUGUUGACGACGAGACCCCGAUUGAGAAGGAGAUCCGCUCGGUUCGAGAACAUGAGGAAAACCUCCAGCGCUCAAGAGGCCUGAAGCACCAUGAAGGUCUCUCACACAUGGUGGGGAUUCAAAGCAAGCGUCCUCAGUCACAACCAAUUCCUAACAACCAGUUGCACUUUUUUAUUGAGCAGGGAAACCAUGAGGGGGAAGUAAAUCGGCAGGCUCCAGAACCACCGAGAGCGCUUUUACACCCAAAGGAACAGUUCCAGGAGGACCGGCAGGACAAGGAGGUCAUUUUGUUUCCUUGCUGUCCUCAUGGACACGCCAAAGAAACCUCCUCCUCCUCCCAUGUCGGCUCGUGGACCAGAACUCUUUCUUGGCGGGAGUCUACCGACCUGAAGACUAGGAAAAACAAUGUUCCAAAUUUCAUUGAGAAGGAGAUAGAAGAGGCUCUACGACGAGAGCAGGAGCUUCAGCAGUCCAGACAGUCGAGAGAGUCCUUGGAGUCCAGGGAUUCUGUACUGUCCAGAGUAUGCAGAGAGCCCAGAAGGGAGUUCAGGGAGUCCAACCUUCACUUUGCAGUUCCUUUGUUGGCGCAGGCAUCAAAGAUGACCACCAAGCAGCUUUUACCCACAGAAAACUCAGCUUCACCCUUGCCAAAAGGCCCGAUGGGGGCACUGCUGAGGGACUUUGAGGAGCGACGGGAGAGACUUAGGAUCGACGACGGAUCCUACGCUGGAAUCGAGCCCAUCGAUCACAUCAACAACCAGGUGGUGGAAUCAACUCGAGUCAUUCGACACAAAAGCCAACGGGCUUUGCGCUGGGAAGCGGGGCUCUUUGCCAACUAGCGGAAGCACAUUCAGAACCCCUCAGCGGGGGCUCCCGGAUCCAGAUCUAGCCGUGCGUCGCUCUCAAAUGUGGCCUCAUCAAGUUUGUAAGGUGCGGAGGAAGGCAUGGCCAUGAUAAUAAUGAUGAAGACGAGGAUGCUGAUCCAUUCGUUAUAUUCCAAAGAGCACAUAUACUGUUUUCCAUGGCAGCGUGCUGAAGGUUGCAUGUGCAUGCGCUCCCGCAUUUGGGCACACGCGUGUAUGCGUUUCAUCUCCACCAAGACCGUUUCCAUGGAUACAGCAUGGCAAGUCUCAAGGUCCAGGAUGCAAGGCAGCGCCCCUGCAGUGCUUUUGGACUUGAACGUUGAAUUUCUUUUCCGGUAUAAAAGCAGUCUAUUUGACCGCUUAUAUGGUGCAUAGACGUCUAGACCAGUGGUGUCCAAACUACGGCCCGCGGGCCAACUGCGGCCCGCGGUCCAGUUUUUAUUGGCCCGCAGCAAAUUCUGAAAACAUAAUUGAAUAUGGCCCGCACAAGAAGCUUGAGCUCACUUCUCAGUUUCAACACUAGAUGGACCCCGCCACACAAAUGAAAUCAAGCGAAGAAAAGCCUUUACCGCGAGUCCCCAGAAAUGGCUGCACCCUCCCGGAAGAGAAGCGAACUCGUAGCGUUUGACGUCCCAUUAGCAACCCCCCCCCCCCCCCGGACACCCAGGCCCCUUCACGUUACUAAAUAUGGCCCUCCUUGCAAAAGGUUUGGCCACCCCUGGUCUAGACUAAAGCCUGGCUAAAACAUGCCUACCAUGAAAGUUUCAUAUAGACGUCUAUCGUGUAGACCGCUAUUAGACAUCUACGCGUUUAUAGCAUAGCAUAUGCAUGUGAUCCUUACCUUUGUGUAGUUCCAGUAUGUUGUGAAAAUGCAUGUGAUUAGUGAUAUUCCAGGGUGUGAAAAUUUACAUAGUUUUUAAAAAAGUCAUACCGUUUUUCCAUGUAUAAUGCGCAAAAUUUAACUACCGUUUUUUUCCGUGUGUAAUGCGCCCCCAUGUAUAAUACGCACGCUAAAAUUUGGCAUGUUGAUGCUGGAAAAGAGCCUGUACCCAUGUAUAAUACGCACCCAAUUAUUUAUUUAUUUAUUUUUUUUUUUUUAAAUAAAUUCUUUAUAAAUUCAAGUCCCAAUGAUCGUCACACACGCAGGGAGGCAAUGGGUCCCAUUUUUAUAGUCUUUGGUAUGGUCUUAACUAGGCUGGAUGUAAUUUUUUUUGUUGGCGUUGAUUUCUCCGACUACCCGUAAAGGCACCACCGCGCUCAGUGCGCACAUUUGAAAAAGGCGUGCGGACGUGAAAAAGGCGGCUCUGUAUGGGAGAGACGUUGAAGAGGAAUAAAAACACCCUUGGAAACCAAAACUUGCCCCUCGUCGUGACUCGGAGCCACAACAAAUGUUUUGGAUUUGUGUAGGGUACAUUGUGACAGCAAACGAGCAGGUGAUCGAGCAAGCGUCUGAUACGAGAGCAUUGCGGUCGUAUGGAGCGUGUUUGAAGUGAACAGCAGAGACGAAAGGAACAAGGCAAAGUGUUGUGAAAUAAAAUAUUACCUGUAAUACGCAUUUUGUUAUUUGCUGAUUGAAACUGCUAAUUAAACUGUGAAUUGAAACUAAUAGGAAGAAAACAACUCUCGCUCUUUAUAUAGCUGAUGUGUCUUGCGCAUCCGUUCUGCGCAUCGGAUCCAUAGUGCGCAUGCGCAGUCAUACUGCCUCCGUAUGACGUCUGGUUCGCGAUGGAGAUUAAAAAACAAACAAUAUUUGACAAUAACACACCAUCAAGGAUUGCACCAUUGCAUCAAACGAUGUGUCGUCAAUUAUGAAUUUUACUGACUAAGUGUGUUGGGCAGGAUGGCUGAAUGCGAUGCGCGAUUGACAACAAACAAGAAGAAAGGUGAUUUCAAGUUUUAUUUCGAGGGAGAUUUGUCAU